AUCACAAAUUAACUAGACAAUUGUUCAACACCAAUCUAGAAAACUCAAGAAAAUUGAAGCAAAUCACAAAUUAUCCAUAAAUAACGUGAUUAAUUGAAAGCAUCUUCCUUUCAAUUAAGUUUUUCACUCUCCCCUUGAUAACAUCAACUACUAGAAAGAAAAAAUUAGACAUGUCUCCACAAACAUUAAUAAGAUUAGUUGUUUAGAAUAUUAAAUUUUUCGAGAAAAUUAAUUAUGUGGGUGUGGGCGGGUAUCCAUGUGUCGGGUUUACCUAAACCCAAACACAACCCAACUCGGUGAAUAGUGAACGGGUUUAAACCCAAACCCGCCCCAAAACCCGUCAACACGGAUUUUACCCGCAUUGACCGGGUUGGGUAGGGUGGGUAUCCGUGGGUUCGAGUUUUGUUGCCAUCCCUACAGCCGGGGGGUUGGUCGUCCGGGAUGGGUAGGGAAGUAUUGUUUUUGUGCAGGGAUUUCUCUAUGCAGGUGUGGACGAUCCUUACAGUGCGGAACUCUUGGCGUUGCAAGAUGCGAUUCAGUGGUGCUCUUUGAAGGGUAUCACCGCGGUAGUAUUUCGCGGAGAUGCUAUGGUUGUUCUCGAUAAGGUACGUGGGAGAGAAGUUUAGGAUGUCAAAGGUGGUAGCAUUCUUGAAGAAAUUCAGUUGCUUCGUCAGCGGUAUGCUCGGUUUGAGGUGGAAUUCGUUGGUAGGCAAAACAAUUGGGAGACCCAUUUGGUGGCUAAGAAAGCCCUUUCCUUGUUUGCUGCGGGAGUUCCGGGUUUUGAUUUUCGUGGUUGGUUUCUCUCGAGUUUAUAAACUCGUGUUGUUUGAACAUUGUUAUCUUAUUCUUUCUUGGUAAUAUACAAGUUAGCUUCUGGCAAAAAAAAUGCCACAUAAAAAAGUUGAUAACGAUAACAUAUGAAUGUGCGUUUAUGCCUCAUGAAAUCUUUUAAUCUAUUACUUCUCAAAGUUCAAAACACAUGCAUAAAUCACUAAUUUUACAUCAUCAUCAUCACGAGAAUAUGAAUCUUUGAAAAUGAUAAAAUUAUUAAUAACAUGCUCAUCAUUUGACAUUCAUAAUCGUCGAAGAGGGAGACUGACGAUUUGUUUUCGUUUCAAUUCCCAGUUACUCAAAAAAUUUCCACAUCAAUUUUAAAUUAGUUUUUGACAAAAUAUCCGAUGACAGGACGUUAUUGUUGUAUUCCUUCUAUUUGGGUAUAUCAGUUGGGUCUAGCCAUCUACGACUCACGGCACAGGCCACCGGGUUUUAAUUUCGAUUAAAUGAAUUUAACAACUGUCGCAUGUUAGUCCACGUGGACCAAUCAUAAGACGCGUCAUUGGUGUCGCACUUUUUAUAGCGGCACCGUAGUAUUGGCCUUUUCUUAUUGGAUGACUAUGAUAAAAAGAAAAUGAGAGGUCCGGCGAAGUCCACUACAAGUUAGAUUCCGAUGGACUAAUGAAUCAGACGAAGAAGGCCUAAGAGAUUGGUCUAAUUAGGCAGAGGCUUUUCAGCCCACGAGGCCCGCCAUCAAAAGCCUGUUUCAUUAGCCCCAUCCAAUCAGACAGUACCCAUGAAAAGGGUGACCAAUGUGGAGUAGCUACAGAAGUUUAGUGAUCAUAUAGUUACGCAAUCAAAUUUAGUAACCAAAUUUGUAAUGGCUCGAGAUAUCAUUUGAUGACAAGGACGGUUGACCCCGGGCCAGGGUUUAAGAGAACGAGCGGAAUUGCAAAGAGAAGCCGCAAACCCUAGCAAUCUUCUUUUCCAGAAACUUCAUUCUCAGGUGGCGCCAUGGCCGUUCUAGCCGAGAACAAGCAGCCGCACGAGUCGCCGCAAGACGAGCUGCAGAAGAAGAAGAAGCGAAAGCGCAGCAGAGGAAAGAAAGCUCCGGCAGAUUCUGAUGAAGCUCCAGAGGGGAAGCAGAAUGAAGCGGAGAGUGAAGAUGAGGAAGAUAAGGAAGUUGUGACGGACAAGAAGAAAGGAAAGAAGAAGAAGAAGAAGCAGCAGAUGGUAGAUGAGAAUGAAGAUGAGGGUGAUGGAGAAAAGGAGGAGGAACAGAGCAAUGGGAAAGAUGGGGAGGCCGAGGGGAAGACAAAGGAGAAGAAAGUGAAGAGUGGCGGCGGAAUUAUGAGCACUGACUCUUUUGAUUCUUUGGGAUUAUCUGAGCCUACGAGGAAGGCGAUUCAGGAGAUGGGAUUCCAGUAUUUGACUCAGAUUCAAUCAAGGGCAGUUCCACCUCUGCUAAUUGGCAAGGAUGUUUUAGGUGCAGCAAGGACAGGUUCUGGGAAAACCCUAGCUUUUCUGAUACCUGCUGUGGAGUUACUAUACAAUGUUCGUUUUGCUCCUCGUAAUGGUACUGGUGUGGUUGUUAUUUGCCCUACUAGAGAGCUUGCCAUUCAGACGCAUAAAGUGGCAGAAGACCUUCUCAAGUAUCAUUCACAGACCCUUGGGUUGGUUAUCGGUGGCGCAGCAAGGAAAGGAGAAGCCGAGCGACUUGUUAAAGGGGUAAACUUGUUGGUUGCAACUCCUGGUCGGCUUCUGGAUCAUCUUCAAAAUACCAAAGGAUUCAUUUAUAAGAACUUGAAGUGCCUGACGAUUGACGAGGCAGACAGGAUAUUGGAGGCCAAUUUUGAGGAAGAAAUGCAACAAAUUCUCAAGCUUUUACCAAAGACUAGGCAGACUGCCUUAUUUUCAGCUACCCAAACAAAAAAGGUGGAGGACCUAGCUCGGUUGUCGUUUCAGACGACUCCUGUUUAUAUUGAUGUCGAUGAUGGGAGACACAAGGUUACCAAUGAAGGUCUUCAGCAAGGCUACACUGUAGUUCCAAGUUCCAAGAGAUUUCUUCUUCUUUACUCCUUCUUAAAGAGGAACUUAUCAAAGAAAGUGAUGGUUUUCUUCUCGUCAUGCAAUUCUGUCAAGUUUCAUUCGGAACUUCUUACAUACAUUCAAAUAGAAUGCUUCGAUAUCCACGGAAAACAAAAGCAACAGAAGCGAACCUCGACCUUCUUUGAUUUCUGCAAAGCUGAGAAAGGGAUCUUGCUAUGCACUGAUGUUGCUGCUCGUGGACUUGAUAUACCCGCUGUGGAUUGGAUUGUGCAGUAUGAUCCUCCUGAUGAGCCCAAGGAAUACAUACACAGGGUAGGCCGAACAGCACGUGGAGAAGGUGCAAAAGGAAAUGCCUUGAUGUUCCUGAUUCCAGAAGAACUUCAGUUUUUGCGGUAUCUGAAGGCAGCGAAAGUCCCUGUGAAAGAGUAUGAAUUCGAUGAAAAGAAGCUGGCAAAUGUUCAGACUCACCUGGAGAAAUUGGUGGCCAACAACUAUUACUUGAACAAGUCGGCGAAAGAAGCGUACAGGUCUUACAUCUUGGCAUACAACUCACACUCCAUGAAAGAUAUAUUCAAUGUCCAUCGCCUUGACUUACAGGCGGUUGCAGCUUCAUUUUGCUUCUCUGGGCCACCAAAGGUGAACUUGAACAUCGACAGCAGUGCCUCCAAGUUUAGAAAGACCAACAACAGCAAGAAGAAAGGUAGCUUCAGCGACAACAAUCCUUAUGGACGAUCAAGCGAUAAUGGUAACGAUGAUAAGCGGAAAUUCAUGAGAUACUAGGUGCUCGGAGAGGCCAAGAAGCUUCUUCCUACACACUUCAAGUUUUGCAGCAGAUUUUGAUAUUUCAAAGUUCUAGCACAUUUCCCAUCUUUCCUUCCAGCUCAGAUACUCUUUUCCCCUCCACAUCACAAGGUUUAUGUAACUUAUGACACUAUGAGAGCUGCGAAAGCUUGGUAAUUGUUAAUUGACA